GUCAUAUUCAGCUACGCUUCACAAGUAAUCACUCCCUUCUGAAUGAGAAAGUACAGUAUUUGUCAUAAAAUAAAAACCUCUAUUAAAAUUAUCAGUGGCAGAUAUAACUUCAGAUGCAAAGAGCCAAGGGAGCAAAACAAUCCAGAGUUUAAAAGUGAACCUAUUUACUAUGUUCUCUCUCCCACGUAGUCAUUGGAUCACUAGCCGGAGAGGGGAGGAGCCGAGGAGGCGGUCGCAGUGCUGCUUCUCCCGCCUGAACUUUCAGUUCUCAAUGAGGUCCGAUUGCAGCUUAUAAUUACUCUUGGCCAACCAGCAGGCUCACUAUCUGCGUAGUGCACGUAUAGAGCGGCUUAGGGCAACCAUGUCUGGUCGCGGCAAAGGCGGCAAGGGUCUCGGUAAGGGUGGUGCUAAGCGCCACCGCAAAGUUCUGCGCGACAACAUCCAGGGUAUCACCAAGCCCGCCAUUCGGCGUCUGGCUCGGCGAGGUGGUGUGAAGCGCAUCUCCGGCCUCAUCUACGAGGAGACCCGCGGGGUGCUGAAGGUGUUCCUAGAGAACGUGAUCCGGGACGCCGUCACCUACACCGAGCACGCCAAGCGCAAGACUGUCACAGCCAUGGACGUGGUCUACGCGCUCAAGCGCCAGGGACGCACGCUCUACGGCUUCGGCGGUUAGAAUCUCGUCUUAAUGCUUUUUUUUUUCUUUCUAAAGGCCCUUUUUAGGGCCGC